AUGGCAGACGAUAGCAGAGCGCAUCUGCUGAGUCGCAAUGGCGCCUCUGCAUCUCUCUGGCUGCCCAAAGCAAUACCCCAGCGGGAGAGGCUAAUCAAGGCGAUACAGGACUGCGGCGGAAGGACAGAACCAGUUCUACAAUCAGCGACAUACGCUCUCAUCGAUCCUGUCAUGGACAGAGCCAAGCAGGUUGAAAUAUUGGCAAAAAUCAAAGAGGCCCGCAUGGCCAAUGCUCAUAAGCAUCCUUACGCCGUCACUGUCUCCUGGAUUGAUGACGUCUACGCCAACAUCGAAAUGCGCAAUCCAGAUCAGUAUCGCAUCGACGCUGUCGGCAUCUCAGAGUCCUCUAAGCCACCGCCACCUCGAAGCAAUGCUCGCUCCCCUGCAGAUACAGCUGCAGCUGUUCCUCCCGUCAAAGCGCCAGCAGCACAGUCCAGCACGCGCGCACGGCCUGCAAGCUCGGGCAGUGAGUCUGAGAGACCUGCACCCAAGCGACCCAGGGCCGCCCAGACAACAUUAACGGCAGCAGCAAGUACUUCAGGAGCAGCAGCGCCAGCGCAAGAAUCUUUGGCGCGCUCAGGCACGAGCAUUGAGGAUACAGCGACGCCGCCUGUAUCCGACAAGGGGAAGGGCAGAGCUGUUGAGCCAGAGGUCGUCGAGCUUGACCAGACAGAUUCGAGUUCGGGCGAGGAGGUAGCACGACAGCUCGGUCUGACCAGUCCUCAGCGUCCUCCCGCUGCUGUCAAUACGGAUGAAACCGGGCCAGCCGUGUCUGCGGCUGGACAGGCCGUUGGCGGCAGCGCAGCAUUUGUCCGGACUGCCCGCCAUGGGAGCCACGCCUCAUCGGACAGUUUCACUCGUGAUAGGAUGGUCGAUCUCGAGCCUGUCAAGCUGGCUGGACACAGGAGUGGACGCGUCUUUUACACCUUCGAAGACAAGAUAUAUCUAGCCAAGUAUCUACUGUUGCACGACGGUCUCAGCGCGACUGGACGUAAGGUUUUCGAGAUGCUUGCUGAUCGUAACCAGCGUCAUACUAUGUAUUCUUGGCAAGAGCAUUACAAGAAGAAUUCCGCAGAGAUCGAUGCCCUCAUCGCGCGUCUGCGCAAGGGCGAAGAUCUUUCUGCUGUCGCGCAAGAGCGCAAACGUCUCCAGCUUGCCUCGGCAGAGCGGACUGCCCGAGCCAGUGCAUCGCUGCGUCCGACGCAUCGCUCAAGUCAAGCUGAUGACGAAGCCCUACAAAGAAGCGCUGAAGCCCAGAGGCAUCAGCGACAGGAGAGACUCAAACGUGAAUUUCGUGGCAGCAAUGGCGCAGAUCCUUUCGAAACGGAUAGCGAAGAAGAUGCGCCUCGCCAAGCUGCGCUGGAGGGUGCUGCUGAUGCACGAGCUCGGGCUGCUCUGGGCUUCGUUGAUCCACAUGCAACAGCUGCAGCCAAAGCACAUCUGGCCGCACACACUACGCCAACGGUCGUCAUGGUCGACGCAGUGACUGUAUCUCCGCCGCCGCAGCCCUUGCGCGAAGAGCCAAUACCCCCGGCAGACGUCGAACGACGCUCGCCGCGCGAGCAACUCGGCGACAGCCUCUUACCUUCGCUCAGCCCGGAACCGCAAGCUCAGCCGCAUAUACCCCCUAUCGCUUCUACAACAGCACCAGUCCCUGCUGAUACGGUCGAUACCACGCCCGCUAUGCCUGUACCGUCUGCAACACCAAUGCCCGCUGCAGCGGUCACCAAGCCACAGCAGUCACCUUCGAAGAUAGUCAGGCCAGCAGGUCCCAAUACGGUGCGAUCUGCGGGCGACAUUAACGCGAGCUUUGAGACGUGGCUUGCCAGCAGUCAAUCGCCGUCUACGCUGACUGUUCGUGAUGUGUUCAGUGCCGUCGGAAUGCCAAGCCUGCCUGAUCAGGCGGGCAGAGCGCCUGCUUCAGCGCAAGCUACGCCCGCGCGACAGACACGCGAGGCAAGCGCUUUCCCUCAUAUACGUGCUGGUAGCGAGCUCAAGUUUAUCGAUCGUCAGGCAUUCGCAGCAUUGCCCGUCAUGGAAGCUACACCUGAGCCGAGGCAGCAGCUGUCGAAGGAGAAUCUUGAGCAGCAUAGUCAAGGCACACUAGAGCCCAUCGUGCUCGCAGACAAAGUCAUCAUCAGACCGAAAGCUCGCCUUUCUAGCUCAGCAGAUUCCUCCGAUGACUCUAACGACGAGCGGUCGCAAAGUGGCAUCGCAUUCUUGAAGCAGCUCGGGGAUCUGCAUGCUGGCUUUGCAUUUGAACCCUCUCAGAGUCAAGCUGGCAUGGUCAUGCAAGCAUCAGUGAGCCUCGAUGAGCUAGCCGGCCCAGAGCAAGACACAUCAAACCCGUUCGAUAUCAGCAAACGACUGCGCAGUCGACAGCAGUCAAGCGCUGAACCUGCUUCACCCGCUCUCUUGGCGGUCGCACAGGCUGCUGAGUUGGCGAGCAAGCCUGCAUCCACCAGCUCUGUCGCAUCUACUCGGCCGAAGCCAAGACCCGCAGGUCCUGUCGUGCGCGCGCCGACGCCUCAGCCAGCGCCAGCGCGCAGUUCUUUAGAAGUACCAACCGAAACGCCUGCGCCCCUCCCCGGGCAGGCGCGACUCUUUAUACGCGAUCCUGCCAGCAAAGAUGAAUCGAACAGCUCGCUUUCAUCUGCAACAGCGCCCGGGGUCGAGAAGAACAGGCAGAUGCUCGACACUUCUCCGACAGAAGUCAAGUUCGUGAGCGCAGCGACUGCUGCUGGCUUUUCAGCAGGCAUCGAAAAAAUCACGCGAUGGGCUAGCACAAUCCAAUCGCGCGGUGCAAAGCAGCGGCGAGAUAAUGCUGAUGAGGAAAUCAAUCGUGCACUCGUCAUCCUCCGACGCGCCCGCAAGACGGAAUCGUCGAAUGAUAUGGUGCAGCUGUUCGACCAAGCACGCGAUAUUGGCUUCACCUUUGUGCAGGUAUCAGAUCUACUCUACACUUGCUCUGGCAAAGCGCGCCCCGCGCUUCAGUUCAUCGAGCACAUCCAUCGGGUCAAUGCCGCUGGCGGCACGAGCGACAGUCGUGCAGCAUCGAUGAAGUCACGAGCACUGUCGGCUGCCAUGUGGUCACACGCCGAUGACGUUGUUCUGGUCGACUCUCUGCCAUCCAUCAGCUCCGGGCCAACCAACAAGACGAAAGACGGAUGCCAGUUGCGCAAACAGUAUCUACAGUCUUGCGGCCUCUUCGAGCAGAUCGACCUCACAGACCAAGCAAGGCUGAGGAAGCUCAAAGAGGUUUAUGCACGAUACAACCGCGCCAGAUUUCCAUUCGAUCAGGUCGAGCCUGUGAUACAGACGAGGCAGGAUGCAACUGUCAUGUCUGCGUGCAAUGUCCUCAACAAUGGCCUCCAGCCUGGGUCAUACAAGUUUGUGAGCGACUGUGCAGACGGUACGGAGUAUUGCGAUCCAAGCUCAUCGACCUGCCGCCCCCGCAAAUGCCGACGUAGCGAAUAUCCUUACGGAUUCUCGAGCGAUGAGAAUGCUGCCGAUCUGCCGCCUAGGUGCGCAGCAGGUACCUUCUGCCCGGACGAAGGCGAUGGAUGUCUGCCUCUUGUUCCAGUCGGGCAAGCAUGUCAACUCAAUCGAGAUGACGAGUGUGCGCCGCCGCCGGCCAAUCUAGGCUUGCUCAACCAGCGCAACAACGCCGGCGUCAUCUGUCUCAACUUUCAAUGCGUCUACGGCAAUGUGACGCUUGGCAAUAGCUGCAUCCUCGAUAAUUUUGUGUAUACAGCUUAUGCUGCAGACGGCACUCAAACGCCCUACAUCACCUCACGCGACAACUGCGUGUCCGGGCUCUAUUGCGAGGCUUCCUCGCGACAGGCAAGCCAUGCACAGUGUGAAGUGCAGCUCAAUCGGGGCUCAGCCUGCAGCGCGAAUAAACAGUGUUCAAGCUACGUUUGCGGCCCGCAGGGCGUCUGUCUGGUUCCACUAGACACAGCACCGAGCGGAUCUGUGGCCGUCGCCGUUAUAGUCGCUUUACUCGUCAUCGUAGCACUAGGAUUGAUCUUCUCAACGGCUGCUGUCUUUGGCCAUCGCAUACGGGCCAGUCGAGCGAAACGAGACGCUCUCUUCUGGUCACAGCGACCUCAACGACAUCGCGCAAGUGCACACAUUGGUACGGCAAUAUCCCAUAAGAACCUGGCGCUUUUGCCCGGCAUGGAUGUAGAGGCUCACAGUGGCCUCUCCGUAUCACAUCCGCUCACUUGGGGCGCUCCGGCGCUGAACGAUAAGCACCCAGAGACAACGUCGCCGAAGCGCUAG